UUAUCUACAAGAUAUAGAAAAACACAAUGCUCUCUUGAGUUUCCACAUGAUAUUAGUCUAGGGAUCGAUCUCUCCAAUAGGAUCGAUGGUUUUCCCUUCUGAAUCUUCUGGCGCUAACUCAUCGGCAGAUUCCCUUCAAACUGUCGACGAUUUCCCAGAGCUCUCUAGCGCAACAGUCAUCUGCCAUCAUUUUGUCGGCCACAACUACUUUCCGUGGUCUCAAUCAGUCAAGAUUUUCCUUACUAGACUGGGAAAACUUGGCUAUAUAUCCGGAGAGAUUCCGAAACCUUUUUCAACAGACCCAUUUUUUGAGAAGUGGGUACGUGAGAAUGGUCGGGUGAUGUCUUGGUUGAUUAACACCAUGUCUCCUGACAUUGGUACCAAUUUUCUUCUCUACGAAACCGCUACAGAUAUAUGGGAAGCUGUUCGGGAGACAUAUUCCAGUACAGACAUGAGACAACACCUCUGAGUUGUUCGAUAUUGAGAGUAAGGCAUCGAAUUUAAAGCAUGAUGGCUUCCGUGUUACUGAAUUUUUUCAUACUUUGUCUGGUCUGUGGCAGCAACUUGAUUUGUAUGCUGUUCAUAAUUGGGAAACUCCCAAAGAUGCAGCCUUGUAUAAACAGAUACAAGCACAGAGAAGGGUUUUUCAAUUUCUUAAUGGCCUGAACGAUGACUGGAUGCUGUGAAGGCACGAAUCCUUGAAACUAAACCUGCUCUUUCCCUUCGGGAAGUCUUUGCGGAAGUCAGAAGAGAAGAGAGUAGGAGAUCCUUCAUGCUGCCUUCGGUUCCUAUCGCUGAGAAUUCUGCCUUGGUUACUCAGUCUUCUUCUUCAUCUCGGACUAAGAAGGGCCGGCCUGUUUGUGAUUUUUGCAAGAAAGUUGGACAUUUGAAGGACCAGUGCUGGAAACUUCAUGGUAAACCUGGCAAAUGGAAGCCUUCUUCCCCGCGAACACCUCACGAGUCCCACUCCAAGAUCGACAACCCUGUGAGUAAUGGUGUUUUCUCACAGGAACAGAUUGCUGUCCUCCAAAAGAUGUUUAGUAGCAUGGGAGACUCCCGUAAAGCCAAUGUGGUUCUGACAGAAGAAGAAGGCACUGGAUUCGAGGAAGACGGUUGGCAAUGCUAGACUGCACAAUGGGCUCUAUCUUCUUUAUGGCACUCUUUUUUUGCAUUCUUCAGCUCUUUCUAGUUGUGUUACUCCUUUAGACCAACAUGAUCAAAUAAUGUUAUGGCAUUUCAGGCAUGGCCACCCUAAUUUUUCUUAUCUUGCUAAACUCCUUCCUCAUUUGUUUAUUAAUAAAAAAUCACAGUUAUUUAAAUGUCAUAUUUGUCCACUUGCUAAGCAAACGAAAUCCUCUUAUCUCACAUCUCCUUAUAAAACAUCACACCCGUUUGCUUUAAUCCAUAGUGACAUAUGGGGACCCUCUACAGUGAAGAAUAUUAAUGGGUGUAGAUGGUUUGUUUCCUUCAUUGAUAAUCAUAGCAG